AAGAAAAACGACGUAUAACAUUUUAUAGAAAACACAAUUGCAACCGCUUUUCAGCUAAUAUAACGUUGAUAUUACAACGAUUUUUUUUUUACAUUAAGUUUUGUGUAGUGUUCAAAAUGAAAUCCGCAAUAUAUGCAAUUUAUAUUAUACUCGUAUUAGCGUUGGUCGUUGAAUUAUCAUCACUGAUAUUGUCUGAAAAUUCAAAACAAGAUUUAGCUUCGACCUCAAUGUCUUUAAACGAUGAUGAAAAUACUGAAGCCAACCAAGAAACAGAUAUGAAAAAUUUAAAUAUUUUUGAAUAUUCAACAAAAAAUUUUGUUAAGAGUUUUAACGAUGAAAAAAGCGCGUUUAAAGACCUAGUAAAUAAAGGCAUUACGCUUGUAAAUGAAGAUGAUCUGAUGUUCCAGUAUCCUUGUUUUCUUUUAAAUAAAAAGAUCGAAAUUUCAUAUGAAAGUUUGGCAAUAUAUGUUUCAAAGAAAGCGUGCGAAAACGAAAAUAUUACAGAGAAUUUUAAAACAGAUUGUGAACAUAACAUGAAAUGGCUUAUUGAAUUGUACGGAGAGGAUGUCUUAGCAACUAAAGAUAUAAUGCAGCGUAUAGAUGAAAACGUUUUAAUUCAAGAAGACGGAUCUGUGAAAAUAGGUGAUGAAUUUAUACUUUCAUGUAGCGGAGUACUGAUUCCAGUUGAACUUCAGUAAUUAAAAAUGUAUUCCAAAUAAAAAAUCAAUUAAUGUUUUAAAUAUUUUAGAUAAAUCUUUAUUUUUCAAAUACUUAUUUGUAAUUAAAAUUCAAAACUGCUUGUCUGGUGCAUUGUAAUGAUAAAUAACAGUGAAUAAAUUCUGAACUAUCAUAGGAAUUUAGGUGAAUUGUAGUGUUUGAACAUUUAAAUAUAAAGUUUAAUUAUUAUACGUCACGUAUCAAGAAUGUUUUAUGACCAUUAUUUUUAUUAUUGUUAUUAUCAUUAUUAUUAUUGUAAUUAUAAUUAUAAAUCUAUUACCGUUCAUGUAAAAUGUUAUAAAUAAUCAUUACCUUCACCUAGGUA